ACUUCUUGGAACUGCCUUACCAAGAACUAUCCUGUGAAUCAGAUGUGCCUAGUUGGAGGCUGAGACAAUGGAAAUACAUCACAACAACAGGCAAGCUUGGUCUUUUUUCCUGUAUCUCUGCAUGUGUGGGGCAAUAUGUGACUCCUUCCGUUAUUCAGUGCCUGAGGAAAAGAAAAGUGGGUCUCUGGUGGCAAAUGUGCUAAAGGAUUUGAAAUUGGAUGUGAAGGAGUUGGUCAAUCGUAGGGCCCGGCUGGUUUCUAAAAGUACCAAACAAUAUUUCCAGCUGUAUCCUCAGUCUGGGAAUGUUCUAUUAAAGGAUAAAAUAGAUCGAGAGGUUCUGUGUGGCCAGAAGGACCCUUGUGUCUUACUCUCAGAGAUUGUGCUGGAAAACCCAUUGCAAGUGCGCAGAAUUGAAGUUGAAAUAGUUGAUGUGAAUGACAAUUCACCUCAGUUCCCUAAAGAAGAAUACCUUUUUGAAAUACCCGAGCAGGUACCAGUGAAUACCAGAUUCCCUUUGGAGACAGCUCGGGAUUCAGACAAAGAAGAAAAUGCUGUUCAGAAUUAUACCCUUAGUCCCAAUGACCAUUUUAUGUUGGAUGUGCAAAGUCACAGUGAUGGUACCAAACAUGCAGAGUUGGUAUUGCAAAAGCAAUUAGACCGUGAAGAGAAUGCAGAGCUCUUCCUCAUUCUGUCGGCUGUUGAUGGAGGGACCCCAAAGAGAACAGGCACAGCACAAAUUAUAGUUAAAGUUCUGGACGCUAAUGAUAAUUUCCCUCAGUUUGGCGAUUCUCUAUACAAAGUGAAACUGGAGGAAAACACCCCGAGAGGUACACUUGUAACUAAAGUGGAAGCAACUGACAGGGAUUUCGGUUCCUAUGGGGAUAUCACUUACUCUUUCAACCAGGUCUCAGAUACUGUGCUCAGAUCAUUCAACUUAAACAAACAUACUGGGGAACUUACUGUUGCUGAAACAAUUGAUUAUGAAGAGGAUAUAAAUUAUGCAAUAAAGAUCAAAGCCACGGAUGGAGGGGGGCUCUCUGCUUACUGCAAAGUCAUUGUGGAGGUUGAGGACAGGAAUGACAACGCCCCAGAAGUGACCCUAACCUCCCUCACCAGCCCCUUACCAGAAGAUUCUCUCCCAGAUACCGUGGUGGCCCUCUUCAGUGUCAACGAUCAAGACUCUGAAGAUAAUGGCAGAACUGGUUGCACCACCGGGACAAACUUACCCUUCAUGCUUAAAGCCGCAGAGAACAACUAUUACCAGUUGGUGACCCAGCAGCCCCUGGACCGAGAAAGAGUCUCAGAGUACAACAUCACCAUCACAGCUACAGACUGGGGCUCUCCCAGGCUUACUUCAACAAGAAUAAUUACUGUCCAAAUCUCAGAUAUCAAUGACAACUCCCCAGUAUUUGAAAAGUCUUAUUAUGAAAUGCCAAUACAGGAAAAUAACAUUCCAGGUCUUCUGAUAGGAUUAGUACAUGCUGAUGACCUGGACACAGAGCAGAAUGCCAAAGUGACCUAUUCUCUUUUGCCUGGGAAGGUCAGCGAUCAACCUGUGUCCUCUUAUGUCUCCAUCAACUCUGAAACUGGGAAUCUGUAUGCCAUCCGAUCUCUAGACUAUGAGCAGAUAAAAGAUUUCCAGGUGACCGUGAGGGCUGUGGACAGCGGUUCUCCUCCCCUGAGCUCCAAAGUUAUGGUCCGAGUUGUUGUCAUGGAUGAAAAUGAUAACGCCCCGUUCAUCCUGUACCCACUUCAGAACGGCACUUCCCCAUCCAAUGACCUGGUUCCCCGGGGGGCUGAGGCUGGCUAUCUGGUCACCAAGGUGGUGGCAGUGGACAGAGAUUCUGGUCAGAACUCUUGGCUCUCCUAUGAGCUCCUGAAGGCCACAGAACCAGGUCUGUUUAGUGUGGGGGCCCAGAACGGAGAAGUGAAAACCAUGAGGCCCAUAAAUAAACGAGACACGUUCAAACAGAAACUUAUCAUUGGAGUCAGAGACAACGGUCACCCUCCCCAGUCCACCUCUGCAACGCUAAGCAUUCUGCUAGUGGAUGGCUUCUCUGACCCUUAUAUGAAAAUAGUGGAUAUUCCAAAGGAGGAAGUGGUGCAGGAGGAAGACCGUAACCUGACUAUGUAUCUGGUCAUAUGCUUGGCUGUCAUCUCCUUCAUUUUUCUGGUUUCUGUGUUGGUGUUUAUUGCCAUCAAGAUUCAGAAAAGGAGGAAGUUCAUAGAGAGCUCAGCCCUAAAUUUCCCAGUGGGACCGAAUUUCCCAGAGAACUGUGGAGAUGCUGAUGCUGGAUCCCUUUCCCGGGCUUACAACUAUGAAGUGUGCUUAGCUGGUGGUUCUCUGAACAGCGAGUUCAGGUUUCUCAGGCCCCUCUUUCCUGUGUUUUCUGUGGAGCCUGCUCAAAAUCCAGGGGUUCAAAGAAUUUCAACUGGUUCCCAAGAAGUUCCUGGUCAUGCAGCAGAAGGGCAACUCAUGAACCAGGCCAGAGGUGCUGUCUCUGAAGACUCAGCUGCCAGAUCUGGAGGCCCAGGUUGCGCUGGGAAUCAGGCUAUAACUGCAAAUGCAAACAUUGGCCAAAAUGACUGGCUUUCUUAUCAGUAG